UAUAAAGGGGCACAUAAAAACCCGGAAAUCUUCAGUGAGUUUCCGUGCUCAGAAGGAAGAGAAAGUGCAACGCAUUCGAGUCUCAUUUUCCAAUUAAAUACAAUGACAGAGUUUACAUCAUCACACAGCGUCAUCCGUCAAAUAUUUACAUCACAAACUCGAACAAGUUCCAUCCCAAAUAUUUGAAAUAGGAUUUAAUGAACGGCUCAAGAUUUUCAUUUGUGUCCAAAUGUAGACAAUAUUAAGUAAUUUUAUAAUAUCUACUUAACAUGUAAAACCAGUGUAAGUAGUAGAAUAGAAGUUACAACAUUACAAAGCUAAGGAUGAGAAUAAGUAUGCGGAGGGAUUACAGCCUGGCAAUGGAAAGGUACAGACGCAUCAAAAAUUAAUAUCUGUGUGACGACUCAGCGAUGGACAUGGUGACAUCUCAGAACCACUCUACUUCUCGUGUCAAAAAUCACUUCAGUGGACAGAGAGACCAAGUGUCAACUUGUUCCCAAACUUAUACGAUCAUCAGAGUUUAUGUCCUCUCUCCAAUUCUACUUGGUUUCGUUGAGGUUGCUUGUAUCUUGUGUGGAGAUAUAACAUAACAUAAAAUUUCCUUCAACCACGGAUACACACAAGCCGGCAGUGCGGAAGUGUAGGGAUAAAAGGGAAACUGAAAUGCGUUAGUAAAUGUAAUGGAAUAAGUUGGUCAAAUACUUGAACUUGUGUCGUUGGAUGGACCCUGAGUAGUUUAGUAAAAAAGAAAAAAAGUUAUCGUGAUGUUUCAUCUCAAGUUUUACAGUGAGAAAGAACAACAAACGCAACAAUAAAUUUUUCUUUAAGGCCAAGUCGUGAAUGUGCUAUGAGAGAUACCAGCAGCAGGUUCACCAGAAUCUAUUCACAUCCAACAGCAGACAAUGUUUCCAACAACAAUGGUUUGUGAAUCUUGUUUCUGGAGAGAUAAAAGUGAGAAGCUGUGGGCAGCAGAGUAGGGAAAAGUCUCAACUUUUCCCCGAGAAGAAGACAAAUGGUUUCACUCUGGACGAUAUUGAUGGCACUCUUUGGGUCGAUGCUAAAUGCGAGGGUAACAAAUGGCAGGCCGGGGCAAUGGGAAGAUUUGGAGAAUCGUGCCUCUGAGGUCAUGCGGAUUAAUGGUCCAUUGGGGCGGAUUAGCGGCCGUGGAAAUGCCAACAACCUUUCCAGUGAUUUGAUGCAAGUUAACACGACGACCCCAGAGGAGGAGGAGCAGCAGGGUGAGAUGGACAGUGGCGAGUGCAAACUUUCUGAGACUGUGGGCAGAAUUAAUGCUCUGGAGAGGUCCACGGUUCAUGUAAAGUGCACUGAGGUGGUUAAUUUGACUAUCAGCCUUGAACAGAUCCCUCAAAGUCUCAUGACGAAAAUAACUUCAAUAUCUGUGACCAAGAGCAUUGUGAACACGGUUAACUUGACUCAAUUUCACAAAUUCCCAGCACUAAGAAAUCUAUCAGUAACAAAAUCCAACGUCUCCUUUGUUGUUGGCAGUGUCCCUUUCUCUCUUAGAAGUCUAAACUUAUCUCACAAUAAUAUACGAUCCGUGGACACAUCCUGGUUCUCACACACACGAGAUGCAACCAAACUGUACAAAUUGCAAAAAAGCACUCCUACUCAACCACUGCAAAGCAAUUUGGAUCCGGAGCAAAGCCAUGUCACCGCAACUUCUGAUUACUUGUCUCCCAAACCAAGAACAAAAUUUCCUCAUAACAAUAAUUACAACUCAAACAACAAUAAGGGAAGAAAAAGUUGGACCCGGUUACCCAAAGACAUUGCGACUCUUUCAAGUGGUGAAAGCGGUGUGGAUCAUUUAGAUGACGACUGGGAUGCUCCUUUCGACGCAGGUGGUGGUAGCAGUCCCAUUCCCAUUCGCGAUACAAAUUACUUUGAGACAACCUCACGACUCCAAGUAAUUGAUGUAUCUCACAACAAGAUUACGCAGUUGCCAAAGUCAAUUUUUUAUCUCAGAAGACUGGAAUCUCUUCAUCUCUCCGGGAAUCAUUUGAAGUGUGAAUUUGUGUGGGAGAGGCUGUGGAAAUGGACGGAAAUGCGGAUCAGGUCCAAAUCAGUACUAUCUGAUGCCGAAACCACGUUUUGUGGAGUUGACGACGCUCGGGUAUUUCAGUACAGCAUUCAAGGAGUACUUCAAGCACGGAAGGCUUUUGAGAAAACUUGUGCCACGGUGAACAAAUCCAUGUGUUCCUCUUGUAGCUUGUACGCCUUGCAAAAAAAGGAAGGCCAUCAUCAUACCUCAGACGAUUCUAAAGGAAUUGAAAAAAAUUCACAUGAUGUUGGGAAAACUUGGUCAUCUCAACAAGAGAAUAGUGCAGGAAUCUCGAUCUCAUUAAAGCUGGAUUGUUCUUCCAAAAAUUUGACAGAAGUUCCUCCAGUUCCACCACAAACUUGGCAGCUCAACAUUUCCAACAAUCGAAUAAAAGAUUUGAGCCCCUUGAAACUUGCCAUGUAUUCGAAUCUCCUCAUUUUAGAUGGGGCCAGUAAUCAAGUCAACUUAGAAACAUUGGCAGGAACCCCCUUUAUCGAUAAGUACAAUUAUCUUAAUCUAAAAAACAAUGGAUUCAGCACAAUCCCGACAUACAUACUCACGUCCCUCAAUACUAUACGAGGCCAAGGAGUCACCUUCUUUGGUGGAAACUAUAUCGAAUGUGAUUGUAACUCUGUAAAGGAGAUAAAACCACUACUUAUUGAAAACUCAAAACGAAUUCGAGAUAUGAAGGAUAUUUUCUGUAAGGACAUUAACGUCUCUGAUGGGAGUAGAAACACAAGAGUCAAGGAUUUGCAAUAUUCUGAUGUUUGUCACAUGGAUUCUUCAGACUCUGAGUUCACGUCAGAGCUCUAUCUGUACGUCAUAAUUUUUGUGGAAGCUGUUCUCAUAAUUCUUAUCAUAGCAAAGGUGUGGAUAGACGGAAAGUCAUACCGGCAAACUGGGAUUCUUCCCUGGUGCAGCGCCAAGAUGCCGCGACUCCCCUGCGACGCAAUGCUCGAGUCUGUCAAGGAGCCUCCGAACCUUGGUCGACAGGGCGGCGGGAGUGCCACCAGCUCCAACGCGAACGUCAUUAACACUGCUGGCUCCUCCCAGCAUUCUGCUCCUGGGAUUCAGCUCAAGGACUUUCGAUCCUCUCGAGGGAGAAGUGAUGAUGGGGGUGCGGCUUCCGUCUGCUCAAACAGGUCCUCGAGGAAUUCCAUCCAGCAGCCCCAUUCAUCUUCCAGGAAUUUCUCCGUCUAGCAUCAGAUUACUAACCUGACCUAACCUACAUUAUACCUACGUUUAGAUAUGUUUACAGUCCUCAACUCUAUGAUUUUUUGAGUACGCCUUUGUAACGUACACAAAGAGGCUGAAUAAAACUUGGUGCAAGGUUAGAAAUACACUUGAGAUCCAUCCAGAUAGAAAUUUUAAUUUUAAACGCAUACACUCAAAUACACUGGAUCACAAUACAUUAUUCUACAAAAUUACAUGUAAAAAUAUAUUCUAACGUUUCAUCUCCAUACAGUAAUUGUACAGAUGAUAGUUUAUCCCAUAGCUUGAUUGAUCUCGCUUGUUUAGUGGUUAACGAAUCAAAUAACAUACGUACAAAAUUCAAGAGAAGGCGAAACGACCUGGUCUCUCAAUCGCUAGUCAAUCAUCAGUAUUCAACAGAUUCGUGGUAUAAUUAAUGUACUGUAAUUUGCAAGUCUUCUAUAAAAUCUACAUACAAUAUGGUAUGCUGAUUCGGUGCUAAACGUUGAUUGUACGAUUGUAAUUGUACAUGUAGCUCUAUGAUUACGAUAUAGCAUUUGAAGCACAAAAUCAACACUGGAUUGAGAGCUGAGGAAAGAGUUUUUCGGAAUAUAGGAAACUGUUUCAGUUAUCAAAAUGAGACAA